AAUACAAUUACAAAGACAAGUAAGAACAAAAGACAAUAAGGGUUACAAACAAUACUCCAAAGCAUACUAUGUUAGCUUAUAAGACUUACACCAUGAAAGAGUCUUACAUGCAAUAGAAUUAUUAGAGUUUCUUAAAGAGUUUACAUACACAUCAAAAUCUUUCCUGAAAAUAAAAAAGUAGCGAGUUUUCUUUGAAAAUGUACACUUAUGAAUGUAAAAUUUAGCAAGAUAUAGCAAAAGAUGAAUAAUAAAUUUACAGUGAGAAGGGUCUAAAUUCAAAGAGUAACCUAUAUUCAUAAAUGUAUAUGUUCUAAAUAUUUGUAACUGAUGUCUACACACGUGCGUGUCUAAGCUCCAAAUAAAAACGAGAUUGUGGCGCCACCCUGCGGUGAGCAAGUAGAAGUGCGCCACUGUCUCACUGACUCGUCACUUCCUGGUUUCCAAGCGGAAAUAGCGGAGUUUGUUUGGUUACUAUGAUGCUUCAUCUGCUUAUCAAAGGUGGCGAGAACGGGAUAGAAAGACCCUCUCCGCACAGAAUCGUCUGUUUUGUAUGUUUCCAGAGUUGUUCUGACGGCUGCAGUGUGUGACAUUAUGGCGGGGGUUGAUGAUGAGGAAUGCGCGCUUGCAUUGAUCUUAUACUACUGCCAGGAAAAGUACUCCAGUCAUGUUGUAGAUGUUUCCAGUGAAGCUCAACGGAAGUUCAGUCAUGAUUCAGUCUUCGCAUUCCUCCACGCUUAUGGGCUGCUCAUGCAAGAUCAAGUGUUGGAUGCCAUUCAGGAGCUGGAGCAGCUGAAGGAGAGAGGAGACGUUUCCCUCUGUGUGCUCAUGGCUCUGGUUUAUGCCCACAAGAAAAGACCAAACCCUGACCGUGAUGUGAUCCAGGAGCUGGAUGGAAGGGUGAAGGAGGAGAGGAAGACUGCGAGUCCCAAAGCUCUGUAUUACGCUGGCAUGCUGCUGUGGCUGCUGGGCCGCAAUGACAAAGCCAGAGAGUAUGUGGACAGAAUGAUCAAGAUCUCCAGUGGCUCUAAAGAGGGAAUUGUACUGAAAGGCUGGAUUGAUCUACGAUCUAACAAAGAUGCUUAUGCAAAGAAGUCUGGGAAAUACUUUGACGAGGCCCUGAAGGAGAAAAGCGACAUUUUUGCUCUGAUGGGGAAGGUACAUUAUUAUGAAUUUCGUCAGAAUUAUUCUGGUGCUUUAGAGACCAUUAACCAGGUGAUUGUGAGUUACCCGUCCUUUCUACCUGCCCUGGUCAAGAAGAUGAAGCUGCUGUUGACGCUACAGGACUGGGAACAAACUGUGGAUGCAGCUCAGAGGCUUCUCCAGCGAGAUAAAAAUAACCUGGAGGCUCUGAGGAUGCUGGCGCUGCACUCUCUCUGCAUGGAAGGAGAUGUUGGAGAGUGUGUAAAUCAACUAUCAAAUCUGAUCAGUAAUCUGGACAUUCAAGAACCGAACAAUCCGGAGCUCUUCUACAGGAUGUCUUUAGCGUUCACUCGAGUGUGUGGAAGAGCUGAGAAGGUCCUUCAGCACACUCACAGGAUGGUGGAGCGGGCGUUUGCACAGGCCUCGAGCGACUCUGAACUGGCCACAGAGAUGGGCUACCAGCUGGUCCUUCUGGGAAGGGUGAAGGAGGCCAUGAAAUGGUACAAGACAGCAAUGACUCUCGAUGAGAGCAGCGUCUCCGCUUUGAUAGGUAUCAUCAGAUGUCAGCUCAUGGAGGGACACAUAGAGGAUGCAGAACAGCAGCUGGAGUUCCUAGCAGAGAUCCAGCAGUCCAUUGGCAAAUCAGGGGAGCUGUUGUAUCUACGGGCGCUGUUGGCUGUGAAAAAGCGUCGGCCCCCAGACGAGGCGACCAAUCUGUUAAACGACACGGUGGACACACACUUUUCCAUCCUGCAGGGUUUGCCUCUCAGCGUUGAGUACUUUGAGAAGCUCAACCCUGACUUCCUGCUGGAGAUCGCCAAGGAAUACCUGGCGCUGUCUCCUGCCAAGGCUCCAGCGCCAGGUCAGCCUCCUGCACCUCAGCUGCAGCACUGUGCAUCUGUGCUGGACACGGUGGUCAAAGUAGUGCCUGGACUGCUGCAGGCUGCCUUUCUAAUGGCCAAAGUCAGAUUUCAGUCAGGAGAUAUCGAGGCGGCCCAGAGCAGCCUGCAGCACUGUUUGGAUCAGAACCCGGCCCAUGCUGACGCCCAUCUCCUCAUGGCUCAGAUCCAUCUCAUGCAGGGCAACUUCAAGCUCUCCUCCCAAUCUUUGGAACUCUGCCUCAGCCACAACUUUGAGAUCCGCGAGCAUCCUCUGUAUCACCUGAUAAAAGCUCAGGCUCAAAGGAAGAUGGGGCAGCUUCAGGAGGCCAUUCAGACGCUGCAGAUGGCCAUGAGUCUGUGUGCCGUGAAGAGAAUGGGCUCCUCAACCAAAAGACAGAGUAAGAGAGUUGAGCUCAGCUCGGCCGACUGCGUAUCUGUGUUCCUGGAACUAGCUGAGUCUCUGUGGCUCAAUGGAGAACAGCACGAGGCAGCUAAAAUGAUGCAGGAUGCCAUAAAUGAGUUCACUGGCACUCCAGAAGAGCUUCGAGUUACUAUUGCCAAUGCAGACCUGGCGCUAAUGCGAGGAGAUACGGAGCUGGCACUGAGCAUGCUCAGAAACAUCACACCAGAGCAGCCCUACUAUAUACAGGCCAAAGAAAAAAUGGCAGACAUCUACCUGAACCACAGGAAAGAGAAACGCCUUUACGUGAGCUGCUAUAGGGAUUUGGUGGACAAAUUGCCAAGCCCUCAUACCUUCCUGUUACUCGGCGAUGCCUACAUGACCAUUCAGGAGCCGGAGCUGGCCAUUGAGGUGUAUGAACAAGCCCUGAAGAAAAACCCUAAAGAUGGAGCUGUGGCCAGUAAGAUUGGAAAAGCACUUGUCAAGACCCACAACUAUGUGAAGGCAAUUAACUAUUAUGAGGCGGCGCUGAAGAGCGGGCAGCAGAAUUUUCUGCGUUAUGACUUGGCUGACCUGCUCAUGAAGCUCAGACAGUACGAACGCUGUGAAAAAGUCCUGCAAGAGGCUCUCACACAUGAUCCUGUGAAUGAACUGCCGCUUCUUACCGAAGAUUGUCGCUAUCUUGUGCUUCUCGCCAAAGUCCAGAGCAAAGUCAAUAAAAAUGAUGAAGCGCUACUGUCCUUACAGAGAGCCAGAGAUGUGCAGGCGAAGGUUCUGAAGCGCGUUCAGCUGGAGCAGCCCGACUCGGUGUCCGCGCAGAAGCAGCUCGCCGCAGAGAUCUGCAGCGAAAUCGCCAAGCACUGCAGCAGCCAGCGCGGCUACGAACGAGCCGUCAAGUUCUACAAAGAGGCGCUUGUGUACUGUGAAAGUGACAGCAAGGUGAUGUUGGAACUGGCUCAGCUGUAUCUUACUCUGGAUGAUGUCGAGGCCUGUCAGCAGCAGUGCAGUGCCAUUCUGAAGAACGAUCCGGUCAACGAGUCGGCUACACUGAUGAUGGCAGAUCUUAUGUUCAGGAAGCAGGACUAUGAACAGGCUGUAUUUCACUUCCAGCAGCUCUUGGAAAGGAAACCAGACAACUACCCGACGCUGUCCCGCCUCAUUGAUCUGCUGCGCAGAGCCGGCAAACUGGAGGAGGUUCCAAGAUUCCUCGAGAUGGCAGAGAAACACUCGUCGAGGGCCAAGUUUGAGCCUGGAUACAACUACUGCAAAGGGCUCUACCUGUGGUACACUGGUGAACCUAACGAUGGGUUACGUCACUUUAACAAAGCCAGGAAGGACAACGACUGGGGCCAGAACGCAGUGUACAACAUGAUUGAGAUUUGUCUCAACCCUGACAAUGAGACCAUAGGAGGAGAGGUGUUUGAGAACCUGGAUGGAGACGUGGGAAACUCUACAGAGAAGCAGGAGUCGGAGCAGCUGGCCGUGAGAACAGCGGAGAAGCUCUUAAAGGAGCUGAAGCCACAAACCCCAGCGGGACACGUACAGCUGCGCAUCCUGGAGAACUACUGCUAUCUGGCCACCAAACAGAAAGCCAACGUGGAAAGAGCUCUCAACGUGUUCAUUGAGAUCGCAAACAGUGAGAAGGAUCAUGUCCCUGCGCUGCUGGCCAUGGCCACUGCCUACAUGAUCCUGAAGCAAACCCCUCGAGCCCGAAACCAGCUCAAACGCAUCGCCAAGAUGAACUGGAACAUCAUAGACGCGGACGAGUUUGAAAAGAGCUGGCUGCUUCUGGCCGACAUCUACAUCCAGUCGGGAAAAUACGACAUGGCAGGAGAGCUGCUGAAGAGAUGCCUACGACACAACAAGUCCUGCUGCAAGGCGUACGAGUACAUGGGCUACAUUAUGGAGAAGGAGCAGUCGUUCAGAGAUGCUGCCAUGAAUUAUGAAAUGGCCUGGAAGUACAGCAAUCAAACCAACCCCACUAUCGGCUACAAGCUCGCGUUCAAUUACCUGAAGGCCAAGAGACACGUGGAUGCUAUAGAUGUGUGCCAUAAAGUUUUGGAUGCACACCCCAACUAUCCACGCAUCAGGAAGGACAUCUUGGACAAAGCAAGAGCAGCUUUAAGAUCAUGACAGAAGGACUGGUGUGUUGUGUG